AACAAAACUAAACAGCAUAAACCACUUUCUUCUAAACCAAAUUAUGUCUUUUUCUUCGUUGUCAUCUAUACUUUUAUACCUUCAUCUUCUUUUUCUUUUUACCUUAAAUUUAAUGUGGUUUACCACAAACAAAAUGGUGGCAGUGGCUGCAUUAGGAAACCAAACAGAUCAUUUAGCAUUGCUCAAAUUCAAAGAAUCAAUAUCCAGUGAUCCAUACAAUGCUCUUGAAUCUUGGAAUUCUUCCAUCCACUUCUGCAAGUGGCAGGGAAUCACUUGCAACCCCAUGCAUCAAAGAGUUAUAGAGUUGAACCUAAGAAGUAAUCACUUACAUGGAUCUUUAUCUCCCUAUGUUGGCAAUCUCACCUUUUUGAUAAAUCUCGACCUUGGAAACAAUAGUUUUUCUGGAGAAAUCCCACCGGAGUUGGGUCAGUUGCUACAACUGCAACACCUUUAUCUCCUUAAUAACUCGUUUGUAGGAGAAAUUCCUACAAACUUGACAUAUUGCUCCAAUCUCAUAGACUUGAUUUUGGGAGGGAACAAAUUGAUUGGGAAAAUACCAAUUGAAAUUGGCUCUUUGAAAAAGCUUCAUUCAUUCCACCUUUUUGGUAACAAUUUAACUGGAGGGAUCCCUUCAUCCAUAGGGAACCUUUCAUCCUUAGUGCGUUUUACGUGUGCUUCUAACAAAUUAGGAGGAGAUAUUCCACGUGAAGUAUGCCGCCUCAAAAACUUGACACUUUUAUUGUUGGGUGAGAACAAAUUGUCUGGUAUGAUUCCUCCUUGUAUUUACAAUAUGUCAUCACUAAUUGAGCUCUCACUAGUCAUGAAUAACUUUACUGGCUAUCUUCCAUCCAACAUGUUCAACAACUUCCCUGGUCUAACUGUUUUUGAAAUUGGAGCAAAUCAAUUCUCAGGUCCAAUCCCUAUUUCCAUUGUAAAUGCUUCUUCCCUACAAGUACUCGACUUAGCUCAAAACUAUUUGGUGGGACAAGUUCCAAGUCUAGAGAAGUUACAAGAUCUUUACUGGCUAAGUUUUGGAUACAACAAUUUAGGUAACAAUUCAAUUAUAGAUUUAGAGUUUUUAAACUAUUUGACAAAUUGUAGUAAACUAGAAAUGCUUUCGAUAGCUUCUAAUAAUUUUGGAGGUCAUUUGCCAAAUUUCAUUGGCAAUUUAUCUAUCCAACUUACACAACUAUAUCUUGGGGGAAAUAUGAUAUCAGGAAAAAUUCCCGUGGAAAUAGGAAAUCUAGUUGGCUUAAUUCUCUUGACCAUGGAGUCUAACCUCUUUGUAGGAGUUAUUCCAACUACUUUUGGGAAGUUCGAAAAGAUGCAGAUAUUAUAUUUGGGUGGAAACAAGUUGUCAGGUGAUAUGCCACCUUUUAUAGGUAAUCUCAGUCAGUUGUAUGAUUUAGAAUUAGCUCAUAAUAUGUUUGAAGGAAAUAUUCCUCCUAGCAUAGGAAAUUGUCAAAAUUUACAAGUACUAGAUCUUUCUUAUAAUAAAUUUAAUGGAUCCAUACCUCUAGAGGUUUUUAGUCUUUCUUCUUUAACAAACUUAUUGAACUUGUCACAUAACUCUUUGAGUGGUAGCUUACCAAGAGAACUGGGUGUCUUAAAAAAUCUUGAAAUAUUAGAUGUCUCUAAGAAUCAUUUAUCUGGUGAUAUUCCUACAGAAAUUGGCGAAUGUAUAAGCUUAGAAUAUCUUAUGUUGCAAGGGAACGCCUUCAACAGAACAAUACCGUCCUCUAUGGCUUCUCUCAAAGGUCUUCGAUAUUUAGACCUUUCAAGAAAUCAAUUGUCUGGAUCAAUUCCUGAUGUUAUGCAAAAUAUCUCUGUUUUAGAAUAUUUGAAUGUUUCUUUUAACAUGUUGGAAGGAGAUGUACCAUUAAAUGGUGUAUUUGGAAAUGUAACCCAAAUAGAAGUGAUUGGAAACAAAAAGCUUUGUGGAGGUAUUUCCCAGCUGCAUCUACCACCAUGCCCUAUCAAGGGUAGGAAACAUGCAAAACAGAAAAAGAUCAGGUUGAUGGCAGUGAUAAUUAGUGUGGUUUCUUUUCUUCUCAUACUUUCAUUUAUCAUAACUAUCUACUGGAUGAGGAAAAGAAAUCCAAAGCGAUCUUGUGAUUCACCAACAGUUGAUCAACUAUCUAAGGUUUCGUACCAAGAAUUACAUCAAGGAACCGAUGGGUUCUCAACUAGAAACUUGAUAGGAUCAGGAAGUUUUGGUCUUGUGUACAAAGGAAAUCUUGUGUCAGAAGAUAAUGUUGUUGCCGUAAAGGUCCUGAACCUCCAAAAGAAGGGAGCUCACAAGAGUUUCAUUGUUGAAUGUAAUGCACUCAAAAAUAUUCGACACCGAAAUUUAGUUAAGGUUUUAACCUGUUGUUCAAGUACAGAUUACAAAGGUCAAGAAUUUAAAGCUCUGGUUUUUGAGUACAUGAAAAAUGGAAGCUUAGAUCAAUGGUUGCAUCCUGAGAUUUUAAAUGCAGAACCCCCAACAACAUUGGACUUUGCUCAUAGAUUAUACAUUAUUAUCGAUGUUGCUUCUGCAUUACAUUAUCUUCAUAGAGAAUGUGAAGAAUUGGUCAUUCAUUGUGAUCUAAAGCCAAGCAAUAUCCUUCUUGACGAUGACAUGGUUGCUCAUGUGAGUGAUUUUGGCAUAGCAAGACUCGUCUCAGCUAUUGGCAGUACCUCUUAUAAAAAUACAAGUACAAUUGAAGUUAAAGGAACAGUAGGCUAUUCUCCUCCUGAGUAUGGGAUGGGUGCUGAAGUAUCCACAUGUGGUGAUAUGUAUAGCUUUGGAAUCUUUAUGUUGGAAAUGCUUACCGGUAGAAGACCCACUGAUCACGCUUUUGAAGAUGGUCAAAAUCUGCAUAACUUUGUUGCAAUAUCAUUUCCUGGUAAUCUUAAGAAGAUUUUGGACCCACAUCUUUUAUCAAUGGAUGCAGAAGUUGAAAUGAAAGAUGGAAAUCAUGAGAAUCUUAUUCCACCUGCAAAGGAGUGCUUAGUUUCACUUUUUAGGAUUGGACUUAUGUGUUCAAUGGAGUCACCAAAAGAAAGAAUCAACAUUGAGGUUGUAUGUAGAGAGCUUAGUAUAAUCAGAAAGGCCUUUCUUGCUGGUGCUCAAACUCAUAAUUAGCAAUUCAGCUUGAUGCACAGUUGUUAAGAAACUUAUUGGCCAAGCAUGUAUCACAUGUGGCAAUGUUUAGUUUACCGAUUUGGUUAGCAGUAUUUGUGUAAUUUUCCUCCAACCUACGAGUUUCUUUAAAUAAGUAAUGUUGCACUGCUUUUCUAAUUCAAUGAACUGAUACUUCUCCCA